AUGGGUUGCGGCAGUUCCGCUUCAGCUCCCUAUCAAAGUCACCCUGGGGUCAAGACUUUGGAGGGCCAGGGCGGCCAGGUUCAGGGGCAAGGGCCUAGCCACUUCAGGAAUGGGCAAGAACCUGGCGAGGUGCCAGUCAUCGCCACCCAGGUCUCAGCGCGAGCCCUGCAGGUCCUGGCCGCAGACCUGCGCCCGGACGCUUCCGUCCCGCGGAUGGCCACGGCCACGGCGCACCACGCUCCGGGCUUGCGACAGAGUGCAGCGCCACGGCAUCCACGGCACCGGGUCUCAGUGGCCUCAAGUGACUCAGAAGGGCCCUGGGAUAAGGACGACCUGAGCUAUGGACCCAGUUUUGGGCCCGAGGAACUGCAACCUGCUGAUCUGAUCCAGAUUCAACAGCUGCCCGUGCAGCCGAAUUCCUACUAUGUUGGAGGUGUCCUUGCCAAAACGGAUAACUGCCAGAUCCACUUGGGCGCAAGCUACAGCAGCAAAACUAAGGUCAUUGUGAAGAGAGUCUCCAGGGAGGGAUCAGCUCAACCCUUUCAGACUCAUGUGAAUGAGGUGCGCUGCCUCUUGAGAUUGCAACAUGAUCGUAUUGUGAAAUUGUUGGGAGUUUCGCUGUCACCCGAUCAUUUCCUGGACAUUAUCCUGGAGUACUGCCCCAUGGGAGCUUUGCGGAACUACGUGAAGGAAAAUGAAGAGCCUAAACGUUUGCUCCAACUGCUGUGCGACACGGCAGAAGCUUUGGCCUUUAUGCAUGGCCAGUGGUUUGCGCAUUUGGAUGUGAAGCCCCACAACAUCUUGGUGCAGGAGGGCGAGGUUCCCCGCGCCAAGCUGUGUGAUUUCGGCACGGCCACCCGCAUCGGAGCCUCCGGCUGCCUCUGUGGCCUCAUGGGGACUCCCGGCUACCGGGCCCCUGAGAUUGAAGAACGCAGUGAGUUCAAUGCCUACAAGGCAGAUGUGUGGUCCCUGGGAAAAGUGGCAGAGUUCGUCGAGACGAGUUGUGGUCGCCCCUUGGGCGUGUACCGGGAACUGCUGGAGACCCGUCCGGGGUUGGCAGACGCUCCGGCACCAGCACAAAAGGGGCCGCAGAAGCGGGCUCGAGUGCAAUCGCCUGCAAAGCGCAAGGAGGGGACCAAAGAGACCUCGAGCUCGAGCUCUGCAGCAUCGCCCACCGGAGCUGCGAGCCCGCCAUCUGCUCCAAAGAAAUUUCCAGCCAGAAUGAUGAUUUGCUGGUUGUUGUUCGGGUGCCGACUGGUGUGCCAAGCAAAUCGAAUUUUGCUGGGUGCCCUGCUCCCAGCGAUUCGCCAGGAACUGACGCUCAGCGAUGCGGAGGCUGGAUCUUUGCUGUCGGCCUUUGCAUCAGGCUAUAUGUUCACGCAGAUCUUGGGCGGUGCCUUGGCAGAUUUGCUUGGAGGAAAAUGGAUCUUACAGCUUGCAAUCACUGCUGUGAGUCUGGGCUCCCUGGUAGCCCCCGUGGCACUGCAGCAGGGCCUUUGGCCAGCUUAUUGUACAUAUUUCUUCAUGGGCAUCUUUGAGGGCCCAUCAUUUCCAACGGCUGGUUCUAUGCUCUCCAAGUGGAUUCCGGCCCGAGAGCGUUCCCUCUCAUCUUCCCUGGCAGACACCGGUGGCUCCAUUGGAGGUUUGUUGGCCCUUGCGGCUGGACCUGUAGUAGCCAGCUAUCUGGGAUGGAAGGCCUGUUUUGUGAUUUUCGGGAUGCUAUCCAUUACGUUUUGCUCAGCUUGGCUGUGUUUGGCGAGCAGCUCACCAGCUCAAAGUUCUUGGGUCUCGAAGCAGGAACUGAAGAUGCUGAUCGAUGAGGGUGUGGUGGAGAAAGCUACGAAGCAAAGGCCGAGUCCAGUGGCAUCCGGGACUUUUCCUGCUGUGCCCUGGCGGAUCUUCAUCUCACCUCCCGUCCUGGCCGUGUGCUACGCGCACUCCGUGUUCAACUUUGGCAGGUACUUCCUCUAUGGCUGGAUCCCAACAUUCUACAGCCAGGUCUUAGAUGUUCCAGCCACAACGGCUGCAGCCUGCAUGACCUGCUUGCAGGUGGCUGAUGCCUAUGUGAAACUCAUUGUGGCGCCUUUUGCUGACAAUCUGGUGAACAGUGGCAGGCUCUCAAUCUUGGGUUUGCGGAGAUUGUUGAGCUGCAGCGCCUUCGUAGGAUUCGGUGCAGGACUGUGCUUCUGUUCCUGCACUCGGUCGCCAGUCCUUGUGACAGCAGCACUUAUGGCGGCGAAGAGCGCUUCCUCCUGUCAUGCGGCUGGCUUCAAAACCAACUAUUUGGACAUCAGCAAGAAACACACUGGAACCAUCUCGGGCGUUGGCAACACCAUGGCCACGUUUGCCAGCACACUGUCGCCCAUGCUUGCUGGAACAGUGAUUCAGGGAAGUGGUUGGAACGCGAUGUUCCUCCUAUGCUUCGCUGUGAAUUUGUCUGGUGCUGUGGUCUUUGGUCUAUUUUCCUCGGCCACAAACUUGGAUCGCAAGGACUGA